GCAAGUCCUUAGCUGAGACAGGAAGACUUGAAGGUCGUGGGUGGUGUAUCACAAAGAAGGCUGUGACCCAGAACCUGCGCCCAUCAGACCCUUAUGGCCAAGAAAGGGAAGCAGCCACAGAGGGCCCCAGGAGCACACCAGGCUCCCCCACCGGAGGAGGACAAUCCUAGGGUGAGAUGUUGGAAAUGUGGGGCCUUUGGGCACAAGGCAAGCAGCCUCAGGUGUCCCAUGAAGCGUCAAAGUGGGGCCUUAGCCCCCCAUGCCCUGGGCUCCAAGGAUAUGAAGGAAAGCUGGAAUCCUUGGAAUCCGAGGGACCUGUGGAACAGAGGGCCCUUCAACAAGGCUGCUAGAUUAACCCAGCAGAGAGUUCGGAAUGAAGAACACAGACAGGAUCUUCGUCAGAAAUUACAACAGAGAGCCCAAGGAGGGCCCCAGCACAACUGGAAGGACAAGACAGAACCCUGUGACUACGUGCGGGUGAGAUGCUGGAACUGCAGGGAAUUUGGGCACAAGGCAAGCAGCCACAGGUGUCCACUGAAGCAGAGGAAUAAGGCCCUAGCCCCCCAGGCUAUGGGCUCCAAUAAGAUGAAGGAGAACCUGAAACCACGGAAUCUCCGGGUCCAGCAGAAACCAGGAAGCAUUAACAGGCCUCCUAGGGAGACUGAGCAGAGAGCAUGGCAUGAAGAGCAGAGACAAGCUUCUUGCAGGAGACUUCCUCGGAGGCCCACAAGCAAAUCCCAGCAAAAUGGGAAGGAAGAGACAGAAUCCUGUGCCUUUGUGAGGGAUCCACACACGAAAAGACCUGAGCACAACACUAAGAGGAAAUAUGAUGGAGACCCUGAUCUCACCACUUGCUCACCAAAAAGAAAAUGUGUCAUGACAUCCACAGCAUCUCCCAUCAAAGGUGUUGAGAGAAGCACCUGCUUACCUGCUGGAUCAAAGAAUGGACAGGAAGGGCCUGCCACAGACUCCCCUCACACAGAAGGCACACACGUUGUCCAGGAUCCCACCCAUGGUGUCCAUGAGAAGGAUGACAGACCCCAAUCUGCAUUCAGCACCCAGGGCCUGGACCAAACCCUCAUCCACAAGCCACAGGCCAAGUUCCCUGAUGGGAACUCACACAGCAUCCAACACGCUGCUGCACACAGUGUGGGCCAGGACUCUGAUCUCAUCAUCAAGGUGCUUGGCAAGAGAUCUGCCCAGACCUCCAGCCAGACCUGCCAGAAGCCCACAAAGAAACCCAGACUCAGCCCCUGCCUGAAAAGCACACAGAGUCCUGACCCCCAGCCUCUGCUCCAGGGCACUCUCCUCAAGACUCUCCAGCCCUGCCACAUGCCCCAGUUCCCACCAGUUCCUGGGGUUCCAGGCCAGCCCUUAGACAAAGGACCGUGGAGCUCCAUGCCCAUGACACCUCCUUCCCACCCUCCUGCUGAGAAGCUCACUGCUCCUGCUCAGAUCCCUCCCACUGCUGAGAAGUCAGAGGAAGCCUGUCUCUGUGUCCCUUUGAGUGUCCUCCUUGACGCCCUAAAGCUUUCCUCUUCCUCUGAAGAAGGUGAUGGCCAGUGAGACACUCCAUGUCAGGAAGACAUGUUCCUCAGCCUCAGGCCACCUGGAGAUGCCCCAGAAACUCUAGAGGGCAGAUCACUUGGAGCAAAUGUUUCUGGGGAAUCAGAGCUUCCCUUCUGUACUACGUGGACAGAUGGUGGGAACGCUGAUCAGGCCUGGGGCACACAGACCCAGUUAUUGCACUUUUAAUUUACAGAGUGUAGUCAAAUUUUAUAAGAAACUAUAGUUUGUACUAUUCGAAUGGGAAAAAGAAGUAGGUUUUUAGAAAUUUUCACCCAUUGUUUGUAAAAUUAAGCUAAGUUACAAUAAUUGUCCUUAAAGUCGAACGGGAAUAGGAAGCUAUGUAAUGAAUUUGUAUCAGAUGUGCAUCUGUGUGCUUUGGGGAACCCGGGGCAGGGCCACCUGUGUAGUCUGUAGAUUUGAAGCAGUACCUGUUGUCCUGAGAUGAGAUUGUUUUAUGCUACUGUGUUAUCUCAAUGGAAAUUAGGAAGGUGACCCUUCCCAUGACUUUGCAUCUUUGGUUUAUGGAAUGUCAUAUUAAAGUAUUGUUUUAAGUAUAGUUUGUGUUUGGCAUCAAUAAAGUUUUGCAAAAU